AUGGCCGCCACCAUCGCCAUCUUUGGGGCCACAGGGAAGCAGGGUGGAUCCGUCGCACAGUCUCUUCUACAGAACCCAUCCUUCCGAGUUCGUGCCAUCACACGAAACCCCAGCUCCGAGGCCAGCCGCACGCUAGCUUCAGCUGGAGCAGAGAUUGCCCAGGCCGAUGGAUUUCACGAGGAGGAGAUACUAGCUGCUUUCCAGGGUUCUUGGGGAGCAUUUGUCAAUCUCAACUCGGAUGACAAGAUUUGGAGGGACCCUGAGGGCCCAACCGAGUUUGACUUGGGAAAGAUUAUUGUCGACGCGGCCGCCCGGGCCGGCGUAAAGCACUUAGUCUUCAGCUCAGGUCCCCCAUGCGUCGAUAUGACGGGAGGCAAAGUGAAGAUGAAUGCCAUGGAAAUGAAGUACAGGAUUGAGCAAUGUGACUGCAAAAAGGUCUCGAUUUCAACCGAUCUUACCAUCAUGGGAGGCGUUUAA